CGAGAUUCACCAUCGGCAGUUGUGAAAGUUCUUGCGUGAGUCGAGUCGAACUUGAACUUGAGUGCGAUGUGGAUACGGCAGAAAAUACCCCUUCUCGUCCUCUUCCUUGCCACCGCUUAUGGUCGCCCCCAACACAGCUACGCUCCAGCCCACGAAUAUGGAAGUAAAUCUCCCGGCUACAGCUUCAGCUACGGAGUCAAGGACCUACACACCGGUGACGUCAAACAUCAAUGGGAAAAAAAAGAUGGCGACACCGUCCGAGGCCACUACUCGGUACUAGAGCCCGAUGGUUCCGUCCGAACCGUAGACUACACAGUCGACGGCAAAAACGGCUUCAACGCCGUCGUCAACCGAGUACCAUCUCACAAAUCCCCAGUACCACCGGCACCACAACCCAUCGACACCCACUACACCACCUUGCAAGAACCCGUCAAAACCGAGUACCAGUACGACGGCAGUACCAACGACAUUAAGCACUACUACUUCGUACCAGAAGACGAAGACAGCAAGGAAACCGUCAAGACGAAAAUACAAAUUCCGCCACCGCAGUACUACAAGAAGUACCACCACCAGCCUGUUAAAAGUACCGCGAAGCUCCCAGUCGAUUUGCACCUAGUUAAACAAACCACAGAGAAGAUUAUCCCCCUGGAUAUUAGCCAGUUGCAUCCAGUUGAGAUCGAUUUGAGUCAGCACACUACUCAUGAGUUGAGUACUGACGAGUUGAGGAAGUUCUUGAGCGAGUACUACAGGGUGGGGUUCGAUGGGUUGAAUCAGCCGCAGCUGGAGACGGGGUUUAAGCCUAUUAAGAAUGGGGUUACUGUUGCGCAGACCUUCAAGAGUGCGAAGAAGCCUGCUACGACGCCGGGGUUGAGGAAUUAUUCGUCGAAGGGGAAGCAUAGGUUUAGAGGGGGGGAGGGGAGGCGGCAGAGGGGGGCUGGGGUGAGGCAAAGACAGAAUUAAGGGGUUGUUUUAUUUAUUGUUUUUAGAUUUAGUUUGUGUUGUUGUAUUUCUUAAAUAAAUAUUUAAAUGUGAUUAACUGAUUAAGGUACU